UAGAAAUGGAAAAAAGGGUUAAGUUUACAAAUAAGGGACGUUACAAAUUCAAGAAAAAUGCCUUCAACGUCAAUUACCUUGAAACCGAAGAAGCCUUCAAAAGAAAAGGAGAAAAGGAAGUCGCAAACAGGGCAAAUAGAAUUAAAUAAUCAUGUUGGUAAUGACAAAGGUUCUCCAGUUAAGGACAACAAUAAUAAGCAAUAUGCCGGUAUCGGUCCCGAAUCAAUUUGUAUAUAUGCAGAACAUUUGUCCGAAGAUAUUUAUAAGUCUGUUAGUGAGGACUUUCGAAAAUCCAGGGAAAUAUGCAAUAUCUUGACUGAAGACAUUAAUUACAAAUUAAGAUAUAUUAUACAUGAUGCAUUAUUAAAGGCCAAACUUUGCGGUAGAAAUAAUAUUAGUUCAAAAGAUAUCUCCCAAAGUUUUGAAGGCCUACAACUGGAAAAAGUUUAUGGUGCUUCCUCGAAUCCCAAUUGGUUACCAUUAACAGAUCAACUAGGAACAAUAAAUUGUCUUUAUUUAGAUGACACCAAAAUUAAUCUUAUGGAUCUAGCAGAAGAAGAACAAUUCUACACUCAACCCGGUGAUUUAGUUAUAAGCAAAAGCUGGUACCCUGAAGAAAUAAGUAACCAACUAAAGCAAUAUUUUACGACGGUGUGCCAAAGUGUUGUGAGUUCCGAUUGCAAAUUAAGACAAACAGCUUUAAAAGACAUUAGUGAAAAUCCCAAAAUCGGUCCUAUAAUUGAGUGGUUCUAUCACUUUGGUUAUCUGUUACUGUCCAAAGAUAUAACCUAUGACUGCCUUACGUUAAGAGCCUUAGAAUUAAUUGAUACAUUGGAAAGUAGUCCCCUGGGUAGUGCUAAUGUAUCAGAGAAACAGUUAAAGUUAUUGGUUAGAUUACUAUUACAAAGACUAUUGAAAUCAGUGACCACUGAUGAAGUAUUAAAACCCAUGUGUUCCAUAUUAGCCAAUCUCUGUUUGAGAGUGCCUUUAAGAGAAUUUGUUAUACAGAAGAUUAAUCAAAAACUACAUAGCCUAUUUAGCUGUCCCUUGAAUGUUUUGAUGAUUGUCAGCUACAUUGGCAUCGAUGCAAUCAGGGAAAUUUUUUUGCCCAACACCAACUAUUUUUUGGGGCGAGUAGUACAAAGAAACGACUGUGAAUUGUUACACACUGUGUUGAGUAUAUACAAUAUUAUAUGUAGAGCAGAGAUUCAUGGUUGUGACACUUACCAUUUAUAUCACCGAAUUUUUGGUGAUGGUUUGGUGCCAUUUUGGAGACAUACGUACAUCAGAGAAAAAGCACCCCCUAAGGAGAAUAGCAAUCACGAACAUCUGAAAGUGCAACUUUUGCGGACGAGAAAAAAAAUAAUUUACGAUUCGAUAAAGAAAAAGAAGGAAUUACAUUUUGAUUCCCACUAUACAAAUGGAAUUAACGGCAUGAGUUUGGAGGAAGUUUUAAGUUUGCCCAUGGAUAAUAAUUAUUGUGACAACGACUUGGACAAAGUAGAUUUAAGUAGUGUCUUUGAUUUGCCUACGGAAAAGUGCAGAAUCAAAACUAUUUUGGACGACGAAAGAAUUAAAAGGCUGCCUUACAUUAAAGAAACCUCUGUUACAAUAGGUAAAAUGUCGUUAUCUUUACCGCUGUCAGUAUUAAAUUUUCACAAACCGAAAUUCCGUUCAAAAUGUUGCAACCAUACUUUGUUACAAUAUAAUUUAUAAAAUG